UCACCAAACCAGUUGCGUCAGUUUUUUUCAGCGGAGUGCAGUGCUUCGUGCGCCAGCGUGACGCGAUGCCUGGCUAUCGGCAGCUGAGGGAGGCUUAAAGAGACAACAGCAAAAUCAUAGCAACUUGAAGACAAGAAUGAAAAUUGCAUCUACGAACGAAAAACCAUGACUUCGACGGCGUUUCGAUAGCAAAUAUUUAAAGGUAUCUGGUCCAUCAAACCCACCAUUCUUUCUUGUUGCUGUUUGCUCUAAACCUGGGGUGUGUUGUCUGCUGUGGCCCCACAGCAUGGAGAGUGUUCACUGUGUCACUAAAGGCUGACCAGAAAAAAUGAGCCACUCCAGGAGAUGUUCCCAAGUGGCCUCGUGGAUUCAGUAGCUGGCUUUCGGAGUGCUUUUUUUAUGACUAAUAUUGUAUGUGUGUCUGUGGACACAUCCUAGCACAACCUGGCUACUUCUCAGGCAGGGACAUGCUACUUUAAACUGGAGCUGAAGGAACGCACAAGAACGGAGCCCCUCUGAUAAACAAGGAACAAUACGAAAAAAGGGAAGUGGUCAGCAAAAGCGCUGUCUGACUGACACAUGGUGCACGCUGGCAGUAGUUUCAUUUUGUUGAAGUAUCUUCUGAACCACUUCACAUUUUAACAGCAACACCUUUCCUCUGCCCUCUUGAGAUUUGUCUCCCUCCCCCUCCCUGAAGCAUCCUCGUGCCAUUGUUAUUGGAGUUUUUGUGGUUUGCAUGGCUGGGGAAUAACCGUGGAGAGGCCAGGGUAUCACAAGCUUAUGGAUUUUGACAAGAGAGGGGGCAAGGGAGAGACAGAGGAAGGGAAAAAGAUGUCUAAGACAGCAGGCAACAGGAAUUCUGGAGUUCUUAUGGUUGGCCCAAACUUCCGUGUGGGUAAAAAAAUUGGCUGUGGGAACUUUGGUGAGCUGCGGCUGGGAAAAAAUCUCUAUACUAACGAAUAUGUGGCCAUCAAAUUGGAACCUAUAAAGUCCAGGGCGCCACAGCUCCAUUUGGAGUAUAGGUUUUACAAACAGUUGGGAAAUUCAGAGGGAAUCCCUCAGGUGUACUACUUUGGUCCAUGCGGAAAAUACAACGCCAUGGUGCUGGAGCUGCUUGGACCCAGUCUAGAGGACCUGUUUGAUCUCUGUGACCGCACUUUCUCCCUCAAGACCGUCCUCAUGAUAGCCAUACAGCUGAUAACACGGAUGGAGUAUGUCCACACCAAGAGUCUGAUAUACAGAGAUGUGAAGCCAGAGAACUUCCUGGUUGGUCGGCCCGGAAGCAAGAGGCAGCACACCAUCCACAUCAUUGACUUUGGUCUGGCCAAAGAGUACAUAGACCCCGAGACCAAAAAACACAUCCCCUACCGGGAGCACAAGAGUCUGACUGGGACGGCGCGCUACAUGAGCAUCAACACACACUUGGGAAAGGAGCAAAGCAGAAGGGAUGAUUUGGAGGCAUUGGGUCACAUGUUCAUGUACUUCCUUCGAGGUAGCCUUCCAUGGCAGGGCCUAAAGGCUGACACUUUGAAGGAGAGGUAUCAGAAAAUUGGAGACACCAAACGAGCGACACCAAUUGAAGUGCUUUGUGAAAGCUUCCCUGAAGAGAUGGCCACCUACCUGCGUUAUGUGAGGAGGCUGGACUUCUUUGAGAAGCCUGAUUACGACUACUUGCGAAAGCUCUUCACUGAUCUGUUUGACAGGAAUGGUUACGUCUUUGACUAUGAGUAUGACUGGGUCGGCAAAUCACUUCCCACACCAAUAGGCCCUAUCCCCAGUGACACACCCCUGCAGCCCAGCAGCAGAGACAAAGCACAACAGCAGACCAAAAACCAGUCGCCUGAACCCAAAGGAAGUGAGUCUCAGCCCACUCCCGUGACCAAUAAGGAGACUCUGGGGUCGCACCUCACAGCUGAGCGGCUGGGGGGCUCUGUUCCGGUGAUGAGCUCAACGAACGGCGAACUGAACACUGAUGAUCCCACAGCCGGACACUCCAACGCUCCCAUCACUGCUCCCACCGAGGUUGAAGUGGCUGACGAAACCAAGUGCUGUUGUUUCUUCAAAAGGAGAAAGAGGAAAGCCCUCCAGAGGCACAAGUGAAACAAGAGUGGAGAGAACUUGAAACAUUGUGGUCACUGUCAAGUUUUAAAUGGAAGCAACUACACAGGACCCCCCCACCCCCAAGCCUCCCCUUCACCUCUUUACCCCUCUUACCUUUCUGCCCCUGUCACUCUGUACCUGCCCUUCCCUCGCGCUCUCUUUCUCGUUCUCACCGCUCCCCAACUACUGGCAAGAUAAAGGAACGUUGCAGUCCUUCUGACUUCACAACAGACUCUGGAUUCCUUUGUCGAUGAACAAUAAACGUACCUGCAUUACAAAGUUGGGCUUGAGAAAAAGUAAAAAAGCUGUAACAAUGAAAACUCAAAUACCGUGGCGUGAAUAUGAAAAAAGAUACUGAUUGACACAGUUGUAUUCUAGAUUCCAUAAAGUUGUUCGAUCAGGGGAAACCAUUCAGGUGGUUCGAGUGAAAGAAAUCUCCUGUUUAAUUAUUUUCUUUUCUUCCUUUGGCGUGUUUUGGGAUCAAGGUAAAGCAUAAAAGGUGAACUAUGCUGAUGUUAAAUCUGAGAGACACAGGAAGCAUUUCAUCUAUAAACCAGAAUUUGGACAAUUUUAUGUCUUUUUUUUGUUUUGUUUUUUUUGUUUUGUAAUUGAAACCUCAGAUUUCAAACUCAAAUCCCUGCAUUGAGAACCUAUUAUGUUGUAGUGCUCUGGAGUUCAGUUCUUUUCCUCACUCUGGCUUUCUUCUCAUCUGUCAACAUGGACUCUGUAGCACAGUCACUGGCCUCAGGUACUGUGGAAGAUUGAGAGAAACCGAUAUUAAGCUCUUUUAUUAUUAUUGCACUUUUGGAAAGAAUAAUUACAGUGGAAAACUUUAGGUUUGAAAUUAACAAUUAAGAAAACAACUUAAUAAAGGCUGAUCUAGGAGGAGUCCUUCACAACGCUUAUAUCUGAGGUAUGGCCGAAAAAUGUUUCAAUUUACAUGGAAACAAAAAAGAUAUGUCUUUUGAUUUUUAUUUCUUACAUCAAAAUAAUUUACCAGGAAAUCAUAGUUUGUGCCUUUCUAAGUAAAAUGUUUAAAGCUCAA